AUGUCCAGCGUGAACGCGUCCACCGGAUACACUCAAUUCCACCUACACCUGGGAAGGUCUCCACGCUUACUACCACCUCUAACACCCAAGGCCGUACAAGAUGCGCGACUAGACUUCCCAACGAACGUCACGAACGCGCUCGAAGCCAUCAUGAACCUCAAGACGGAUGUCGCGGAUGCGCACGAUGCUCUCGUAGCUGCCAAGAUCAGUCAAGCCUCAACAGCAAAUACAAAAAGAAACGACGAACCAGAACUCAAGAUAGACGACCUCGUAUAUCUCUCAACAGCGCACAGAAGACAAGAGUAUCUCCACGGCAGCAACCGGCGUGUCGCAAAG